AUGACUAACGUUAGAGCAUUAUUCCAGCUGUGUCGUACGUCACGCAGUCUCUGUGACGUUGCACAGCCAGCACUGUACAACUGUGUCCGAAUAAUUGAGUCAGCGACGGAUCCUCUACUUCAUCUCAAGCUCUUCCUUCAACUCACUUUAUACAAUGACCGGGGAUUACCUCGGUUGCCAAAUCUGCAACAUAUCCAUUUCACAGCUCAAAUCGAAGCACCACGAGCUUUGAUGCAUCAUAUCUAUGAGAUGCAGAUUGAUCGUUCGAUCUUGUCCAAGUUAAAAACUUUUCAUUUGCACAAACAGUAUGAGGACGGCCCGCUCAAUAUAAAGGACUACAUAUCUCUCAUGCAGUUCCCCUGUUUCGAAAAGUUUUUUUCUGAGAGCGAUGUGCCAAACACUCCGGAUGGAUCAUGCGCAGUUAAUACUCUGACACACAUGACCGCGGAAUUGCUUUGGUGUCUAGGGCCAUUAUCCACAAUGGAAGCGCUACUGCAGAUAUGUCCCCAUUUGACCGUUUUCAAACUCAUCAUAGCCGACGGAACCCGCUACAGAUGGCUACAAAAACUGCAGACACUCUAUUUGGACUUUCAUGACUAUUAUAAUCUCCGUGAUCCAGAACUCAUAGAAGAGAUAGAGCAUCUGGAAGACUGUGUAUACAUAUACCCUUCAUCCCGCGACUUUGGGAGUCUCACGCACAUGGCUAUAGAGUUCGAAAAGCUCGUAAGAUUCCGCGAUCUCCCAAUGUCGCUAGAAUAUCUGGACCUCAGCUACUGCCAUUUUGCGGACCUGGAUCGGGCUUGUCUCAUUGAUAUGAUUCAGUUGAAGGGAAAGUGUUGUCCGGUCAUCAAAUCGGUCGUGGUGCGUGGCUGGGAGACGACUAACGAGGGAAUCAACGCAGCGCGAGAACACGCUAGGUCUUUAGACAUUCCUGUACAUGUUGCGGAAGAUGGACGUGCGCUGCUCGUUCAAAGUGGAGGUUAUCAUCUAACAAUAAAGAGUCUUGCACGUUGCUAA